AUGUCCUUGUCAAGUAUUUAUAUUCUGGAUAAUAAAGGCAAGAUCCUCAUAUCCAGGGAUUACAGAGGCGACUCCAAAGAUUAUAUAGAGUAUUUCGUAAAGUUGCUUAAUGAAUCCGAAGACCAAAAUCUACACCGACCCGUGUUAUCAUCUACUGAGGCUUCAUUUGCUUACAUUAAGAAAAACGAUCUUUUUAUAGUAUGUAUUAUAAGAAAAAAUGCCAAUAUAGCAUUGAUAUUUGCGUUUUUACGAAAGUUUUUAAAUACAAUGGUUGAGUAUUUCAAGGAAUUAGAAGAAGAAAGCAUUCAAGAUAACUUUGUGAUUAUUCACGAGCUUUUAGAUGAAGUUGUGGACUACGGUUACCCACAAAUAACCGACUCAAAAAUCCUUCAAGAAUACAUUACCCAAAAAGGUUAUAAGCUAAAGAAAAAGAUAACUAUCCCCCCGGUGGUAACAAAUUGCGUAUCCUGGAGGCCAGAGGGCCUAAAGUACAAAAGAAACGAGGUGUUUCUUGACGUCAUAGAAUCAAUUAAUGUUCUUAUGAAUGCAAACGGCAGUCUGGUCAAAGCGGAAGUAAAUGGUGUGGUACAAAUGAAGGUUCAUUUGAGCGGAAUGCCUCAACUACGAUUGGGAUUCAGCGACAAAUUAAUCCUGGAUAAUUCCCACUAUGGAUCCCUGGAGGACGUUAAAUUCCACCACUGCGUGCAGCUAUCCAGAUUUAACAACGACAAGACAAUCUAUUUCAUACCACCGGACGGCGAUUUCGAGUUGAUGUCUUACAGGUUAAAUCCUGAAAUAAGUCCGAUUUUUCUGCUCAACUCUCACGUGGAACAUCACGCACACAGCAGGGUGGAGUACACGAUACUGCUGAAGUCGCAGUUUAAAAAAUGCGCGAUAGCUCAUAACGUCGAAGUGCAAAUUCCCGUGUCUAACGACGUCGAUUCUCCCAGUUUGUCGUGUUCGAUUGGUGCAGCGUCCUAUCGGCCGGAAAAUAAUGCCAUAUUGUGGCUGAUUAAAUCGAUGGCCGGAGGGCUGGAGUAUUAUCUGAAAGCGGCUUUCAGGCUUUCCAGUUUUGUUUCCGAUGAAGAGGAAAGGAAAAUUCCCAUACAGAUUAAAUUUUCAAUUCCGUACUUUACCGUGUCCAAGUUGCAUAUAAGGUACAUCAAGAUUAUCGAGAAGAACGACACUAAGUCUUUGACUUGGGUUAGGUAUACGACGCAGAAUGGCGACUACCAAAUACGAAUAGUUUGA